AUGAAUGAUCACUCGUUCAAACGCAACCCAUGCAUACCUUUCAUACACAGAUUUGGUGAGUAUUUAUCGCUUUUAAAAUUUUCCGACGGAAUGUACGCCUGCGAAGUGAGCACAGAAGGUCCGUCCUUCUCGACAAUCAGAAGCGAACGGGAUGCUUUAGUCGUGAAUAUCGUUGACAGACGUAUAGACCAUAUAUUGAAGGAAUAUAUAGAAGUGUUGUAUGUUUUGGAAGUUAACGGAUAUAAAGAAUGA